AUGCCGAUGAUUCCGUCCGAUUUGACACACAUCUGUCUCACAGAAGCUUGUUAUUUACCAUUUGAUCAGUUCGAAUUAUUUAUUUCAAAAUUAUGUCCUCGAGUAGAAAUGUUACGUAUUAAUAUACUUGAUGACAAGAAUUAUCUCGAUGCUGAACGUUGGCAAUGUUUAAUUGUACAGCAUAUGGGUCAUUUAAGGACAUUUGACUUUCAACAUAGAUGCGUGAUAGCAUCGGAUGAUUAUCAAUAUAAUACAUAUCAUGCAAUUAUUGAUAGAUUUUCCUCUCCAUUUUGGCUCGAACAUCAAUGGUAUUUUGCCCAUCAACAUUCCGGUUGUUCAAAGCAUCGUUAUGGCAGAUUUUAUUCAAUUCAACCAUACAGGUACCGAAAGAAGCUUUCUUUAAUUGUUUCAUUCAUUUCUUCUAUCAUAAGGUAUAAAUACCAUAUGUCGCCAUUUGAAAACGACUACAUAUGUCCAUAUCGAGAUAGUAGACUCAAUAUGGCUCGUCAGGUCAUCAUUGAAAGCUAUCAAUCUCUCAUUCAUUGCUUACUUAGAUUUCCACGUGCAACUAAGUUCACUUUCGAGGAUAGAGAUAACGAAGACAAUUAUUUGCCUAUUACCGAUCUCAAUCGUAUUGUUUUUUUGGCACAUCUUAAUCAAUUAGUUAUUGGCUGGAGAAAUCUGGAAUCUGUUCAGUUGCUUGAACUUCUUCGUCAUGCAUUCAAUGUUCAUUCACUGGAACUCAUUUGGUUCUCCCAUCUACAAAUACCAUCUUUAUCUUCCAAACAAGUUGAUAAUGAUCAUGCGAUAUCUAACAGAAACAAUGUUGUUCAAUUGAUCAUUCGAUCGAAAUCCACUCUGCAACAGCUUCACGUUCUCAUGAGCAUUUUUUCACAUAUCAAGCAUCUUCAAUUAAAUAUAACCUAUAAUGAUUAUCAAUCGAUCAUCAAAUUCUUAUUAUUGGAAAAUCGAAACAACAACCGACAUCUCUUCUCAUUAUGUCUCAACAUUGGAUGUGCAAACUGUGACAUAGUGAAGAAUGUGAAAGCAUUUAUCGAUAAUGAGAACUUACUCGACAACUAUUCGAUUACAUUCUCGAAUGAUGCUGUCUAUUUAUGGUGGUAGAAGCUGAUUUAUUCAAUAAUGAAUAUUAUUCUUGACUCAGAGUGAUGUGUUUGUUUGAUUGUAUAAUGCCUAAUACGAAUACAUGAAACGAGUUUUUAUUUUUGAAUCUGAAAAUAUAGGCACGAUCUAAACUUUGCAAAUAUUAUGGAAGAAGUUGAAGAUCACUGAAUAAAUGUAAUUUUUUGAGAUUUCCUUGGGAAUCGAACUGAAAUUCAAAGAUCGAUGAGUAAAGUAAGAGAGAGAAGAGAGCUCAAGUAAAAGUCUAUAUAUGUCUAAUAAUGAUUGCGAAACUAUUGUUUCUAUAUAAAUAUCUCUACUAUUUCCAAGAACUGUUUGAAUUUUCUAGCAAGGUGUACUUUCUAAUUUUUUUAAUUAGAAAUAAAUUAGUCUGUACUGCUAAUAGUUAUCUUAAUGCUGGUUAUUCUUAGAUGCAAUGUACGUCACUUUGUUGUUCAUCUAUUGAAUCUCGUUCUUCAAGGCAAUGAUGUAAUGCACAUGAGCGAAGCCAAAGUACAAACUACUGAUAAAGCUACUAAUCUGUUGUUUUUUCAAAAAUCGUUCAUAUCAAUAAUAAAAAAGCUUUUUUUCCAAUGAUUAAAAAAUUGAAAACAUAGCAGUGACUCACUCACAUAAAAGUUGUCAAGUGAUUUUUAUUGGUCUUGUAUUAUGUCGCACGUAGCUAUUGUCGAAGGAAAAAAGCUUACGUUUAUAUUGUAGUCGAUACUAUCAAAGGGUUUCGAGUUUGUGCCCAGGAUAAGAACCUUUUUAGCUUUUGUAGCUCCAUUGGAACAUUUUUUGCCGUUUUUAGGGUUCGAUAAUAAUACACCUAUUUUUUUAGAGUGUACGAGGUCCUCAUCAUCAAAUACUUUUUACAUUCUUAUUUUAGAUUGGAUCAUUGUUUUUCCUAUGCCCAAUGUUCAUGUGAUACCAGGGUUGCCAAAUCUUCUGAUUUGAGCAGAGAACUCCUGAUUUUUUAUCUUUUCUUCUGAUAAGAAAUCUCCUGAUUUCAGGAGCUGAUUUUUAUGAUUUUUUCCUAAUUUCUCCUGAUUUAUAGUUUUGUUUCUAGUUGACUAAAGCAGAAACCAGUGAAUUAGAUAUGAUCUCAUAUAGAUUUACUAGACAUUGUACGUACACCUAACUUACAAAAGCUACUGUAGUUAAAGUGCGCUUUUCUCAUUUCUGCUUCAAGUGAAUUUCGUGAAACAGCUUUUAGCGACGUGAGGUAUAAUCGAGCAACCACAGACAUACAAUGAAACAUGAUUUUCUAUCAGCUGAACUGAAAUUUAAAAUGGAAACAUAUCACACUAGUACAUAGUUUUAUGAUUAUUUCCUACGUAAACCUUAUCCAUUGAAACAAUUAUGUUGAUCAAAUAACUAAGUCAUUUUUUAAAAGUACGACGAAUUGCUCAGUAAAAAGCUCUUAUCAUACUUGUUGCUUGAUAUCUUGAUUCAUAUUCAUUAAUGAGUUAAUUUCAUUUUUCAAUAUUGUGCACUUUAAUAAAUGAUUGUGAAAUAACUAUUAAACCUCUCCGCUUAAAAAACUCGAGAUCUUCUAAUAUGCUGCAGCGUACACUCCCUUAAGGCAUCUUUCUAUUAUGAUACACAUUUUCCAUAGGUUUCAAUGCAAGAUAUUUUGACAAAGCUCCCUGAUUUACCAGACUUUUUCGGGUCUAUUCAGAGUUUUUUCAGGAUUUCUAGCUUUUGUUUGAUAAAAAAUCUCCUAAAAAUAGACUGUUUUAACUGAAAAGUAUUGACAACUGAUGUAACAAUUUUUAACUGUUACAUAAAAUUAAGUACAUCUUCUAUGACGUCCUUCAUAUCAAAUCCUCCAUUAGUCUUCUAAUAUGAAAAAGUCUUCUGUUAAAGAAGGAGUUUAAUAUAAAAUAUAUCGGAUUAUCACGUUUUUUUUAAUUUUAAUUCAGAUGAAAGGAAAUUUUUCACUAUAAGCUUGAUAUACAAAAGAGAAAAUUGCUUAUGUAAGCAAAAGAUUGAAUUUUCUUUGUGUAAAACUAUGUAGACAGCUCUCAGACAUCAAGUAAAAGUCUCCGGAUUUUUUUCCUGAUUUCUUAAAUUUGAAUUUGGUAAGCCUGUGUGAUACAUACAUAUGCAUAUAUAGUGAAAUGAUGAUGAUGGCUUAUUUUCAAUCGUUACUAAUUGUUCAAUUUUUAAUGUUCAAUUUUAAAAAGAAAAUUAAUUCAACAGAGAAUUGAUUUAAUUGAAAAUGAGAACAGUACAUUGGCUCUGUUGCCACUCUGUGUCCAUGCCAUUAUACUAUAGAAUGUUCAUCGGUUCAUUUUCAUAUAUGUUUUAGAUAAUAUGACUUCUUCGUUAAAUACUAUCUCAUUUCUUCCUUCACAAAGAAAGCCGGCGCUAUUGAUGAACGGGUAUAUAUAUAUAUAAACUGAACAAAACUAUAAGUACAACAAAAUAUUGUCGUUGUGAAGAUCUCAUUGCACUGUUACUCUACAUACAAAUAUAAAUGAUGCUUAUUUAAAAAGUAAUGGUGAUCAUGACUGAUAUUUAUAUUAUCUGAUUUAUAUUAUAAUUUAUUUUCGUAUUUUAUUCCCUUCUUUUUCUGCAUAGAAUAAAACUUUCUAUCAUGAUUACAAAUCAGACUACUAAUAUCCUUGUUUCUCUCUCCUUGCAACAUCUGUUCUCUUGACCGUUAUAUAUCUAUUUUUUGUUCUACAUAUAUUUGCAUUUCAAG